CCUAUUAAACUUCAAACCUAAUUCAAGAUAUCAACAAAUAUAAAUUAAACAAAAGUUAAGAAUAACCAUUAAAGGUAAUUGAUAUGAUAAAGAGUAUAUAAGUGAAGAUCCGACUUGCUCUAGAAGGGUUGAAGGAGGAGAUGACAGAGUAUGGGAAGGAAAGCAAAUUCGGGAUGAUGAAAAUGAAGCGUGAGAUUAGUGACAUAGAAACGAGUAGUAAUAAUAAUGUUGAUGAUGAUGAUGGCGUAAUUAAGUUAAAGAAGACCAAAUAAGUUUAUGACUAUUUCCCUUUCAAAAAGAAUGUCUACGUUGAAGCUAAAGAGAUCCAAGAUAUGACUCCUAAAGACGUUGCUGCUUACAUACACCAACUACAACUGGAUAUCGUCGGGGGUAAUGAUGUUCCCAAUCCUAUUAAAACCUGGCGCCAAUUUGGACUCCCAUCGACACUCUUGGAAACAAUCAGAACCGAGCUCAAAUAUGCCAAGGCUCCAUUGCCUAUCCAAGCACAAGCACUGCCAGUUAUUAUGAGUGGCCGUGAUUGUAUAGCUGUUGCUAACACCGGCUCCGGCAAAAUACUAGCUUUUGUUCUGCCAAUGAUGGCCCAUCUUAUGGCAGUUAGAAUACAAGGAGCUAAUAUUGCACUUGUUGUUGCACCUACCAUCGACGUUGUUCAUAAGAUUUACACCAGCUUACUCAAAUUCACCAGGUUUUCACGUGUUGCUUGCUUACCUCUGUACAGCGGAGGGUGUGCUGAUAUUUUCAAACAAAAUUCCCUGUUGAAGGUUCAGACUGGACUUGUUAUUGGUACCCCUGACACCAUCAUCUCUACUGGAGAAAUCAAAAGUGUGCUUGCCAGGGUCACAUUUUUGGUUAUGUAUCAGACUGAUCGUAUGCUUGACAUGGGUUUUGAGACAAGACUCAUCUCAAUCGUCAGUAACAUCCGUCACGACUGCCAGAACCUGAUCUUUUCCUCUACCUUCAACCAUGACGGCAUCAGACUCUUGGCCAGGAAAGUUGCAUACAAACCUGUUGAGAUACAUGCACACCCCAUGAGUCCUCCCCUAGUGGAGGAGGUCAACCAGGGAAUUGUGUAUCAUCCUCGUGACUCUUGUUAUGAAGCACAAUUGGAGAUCAACGAUUUUCCUCUUUUGGCUUUGGGGAAGGUAAUCAGAAGAGAAACCAUGUCGCCGAUUUGUAAGUGGACUAGAACUACCGUCAUCGUCAAAGGCCAAUAUAUUCAGCCUCCUUUUAUUCCGCAUCCUGGGGAGCGAAAGCUCUACUUGUCCAUUAAGGCAGCUACUGAACAAUCUGCUUCGCUUGCCAAAGCUGAAAUCCAUCGUAUUCUACAGGCGUCAUCUCUUUCAAGCUCACAAAAUGGCCAACACUUUUCUCAAGUAUCAGAACUUGGUUCAAUUCACGCAUAAAAGGCUUAAACUAGUGUUGGUGUUUUGGACCUAUGUAUGGGCCUGGUCCAAGAACAAAACUGUGAGGUGUAUGGGCACCAAAGAGGAUGAUAUGAAUAAUUUGUUUACUUGAUAUGGAUUAAUUGCAACAAAAUUUUGUAUAUGCCAUUUAAAAGAGGAUGGUUACUUUUAGGGAAGUGAUAUUCAUAA